GCCCGGCUCUCCGGGUUCACUCUCGGUCUUUCACUCCGUGAGACACAGACGGCAGCUUUCCGAGCGAGCGGGGGACAGGCUGAGGCGGCGCUAGCACUACUGCUGCCGCUCGCCCAGAGACGACCUGGGCGCCGGGAGAGAAGGCGAAGCCCGGACCCCCAUCCGCUCUCUCCGUGGAGGUCUCCUGAGCCGACGGGCAGCUCGGCGGCGGCGUGCGACCCCCUUCCCGGCCACUUCGCGGGGCGUGCCAGGACUUGGGGACUCGGCUCGGGAAGAGCCGGGCCGGGAGGCGGCGGCGGCGGCGGAGCGAGGGGGCGCGCACCGGGACUGGAGAGGAGUGAGUGGCGGGCUGGGCGGCGGCGGCCGUAGCCGCGGGUGCCUCCUCGCUUCGCCGCUUCGCAGGCAGCGCCGCCUCCCCGGGCCGCGGCCGCCCGGCCAGGUCCUCUGCGCGUUCCCGGGCCCGGAGCCGGCGCACGAUGCGCCCGGCUGCGUUCUGAUCGCCGCCGCGCCGCCGCCUCUGCCGCGAUGAUCCCCCCCGAGCCGCCGCAGCAGCAGCUGCAGCCGCCGCCGCCAGCCCCGCCGAACCAUGUGGUGACCACCAUCGAGAACCUGCCGGCCGAGGGCAGCGGCGGCGGCGGUGGCGGCGGCAGCCUGUCCGCCUCCUCCCGGGCUGGCGUGCGCCAGAGGAUCCGCAAAGUGCUGAACAGGGAGAUGUUAAUCUCUGUGGCUCUGGGCCAGGUGUUAUCCCUUCUUAUUUGUGGAAUUGGCUUGACCAGCAAGUACCUGUCAGAAGAUUUCCAUGCCAAUACACCAGUCUUCCAGAGUUUCCUCAAUUACAUCCUUCUCUUCUUGGUCUAUACCACCACACUAGCCGUCAGACAAGGAGAAGAAAACCUCCUGGCAAUUUUACGACGAAGGUGGUGGAAGUAUAUGAUCCUGGGACUCAUCGACCUGGAAGCAAAUUACCUGGUGGUCAAGGCCUACCAGUACACGACUCUGACCAGCAUCCAGCUCUUGGACUGUUUUGUGAUCCCGGUGGUGAUUUUGCUCUCCUGGUUCUUCCUGCUGAUCCGGUACAAGGCUGUGCAUUUCCUCGGCAUCUUUGUCUGCAUCCUGGGAAUGGGCUGCAUGGCAGGAGCGGAUGUGCUUGUGGGAAGGCAUCAGGGAGCAGGGGAAAAUAAGCUGGUAGGGGAUCUUCUGGUCCUAGGAGGGGCCACACUGUACGGUAUUUCUAACGUCUGGGAAGAAUACAUCAUCCGAACCCUGAGCCGAGUGGAAUUUCUGGGAAUGAUUGGACUCUUCGGGGCAUUUUUCAGUGGAAUUCAAUUAGCUAUAAUGGAGCACAAGGAGCUGUUAAAGGUGCCCUGGGACUGGCAAAUAGGACUGCUCUACGUUGGCUUUAGCGCCUGCAUGUUCGGUCUGUAUAGCUUCAUGCCGGUCGUCAUAAAGAAAACCAGUGCCACUUCCGUCAACCUCUCCCUGCUCACGGCAGAUUUGUACAGUCUGUUCUGCGGAUUGUUUCUCUUCCACUACAAGUUUUCAGGACUGUAUCUCCUGUCCUUCUUCACCAUCCUCAUCGGGCUGGUGCUCUACUCCUCCACCUCCACGUACAUAGCCCAGGACCCCCGAGUGUACAAGCAGUUCCGCAAUCCCUCGGGACCCGUUGUGGACUUACCAACCACAGCUCAGGUGGAGCCUUCGGUCACCUACACCAGCCUGGGCCAGGAGACCGAAGAGGAGCCCCACGUUCGCGUGGCCUAGGAUGUGGCCCUCCCUGCCCCCUGCGGUCAACUCAGCGGCCGUGUGUUCGCCCUCCAUCUCUGUAUUGUACAUAGAGAAAGGUAUUUAUUAGGUGCGGUUUACACAGGUGGACUGCAAGGUAGCAAAUCCGAAAGCCUAUAAAAGGCACGAGCUGAAGAUCACCGCAGAUACGGGCUCCCAUCCACCUGACUUAGAGAGAUGCCUAGCUAGUGUGUAUCCCGACCACAACCCUCUUGCAUUAAUUACUGUGAAAACUUUUGAAUUAAAAGCAAGUAUUAUUAUUAUUUGUAUUAUUAUUGUUACUGUUAUUACACUAACUUUCAGGAGACUGUUUUGUACUCCUGAUGAGAACUAUUGCCAGACCCACAUGUAGUUAACAUAAAUCCCACUUUUCUAUGGCAAGUCACUUUUUAAGAAUCAUACUUUAUUUUUUUGCACAGUCUAUAUGAGUGCUGCAUGCCACAGGAGCUCCAUCCCUGAGAAGUUUCCUUAUCCUAGGGACCUGGUGGCUAAUGGUUUCCUCUGUUACUUGUUGGAUUGCCUGCUCAAUAAGUAUUUUGUGCUGUGACCAUUGUGGGGAGGGGCAACUGACCAUAUAAUUCUCUAUUCUAGGAAUAGAUAUAAAGCAAACACUUUAGCCUUUUUAUAUUUCACUCUCUGACUACUCCAGGCCAUUGCCUUUCUGUUGUGCCACGUGAUUCUGCUGAUAAAGUCGCUGUAAUAACUGGAUGAGGAAUGUUUCAUUCCUGUGGCUUAUAGGAAACCCCAGAAAUAAUAUCAUAUGUGUUUAGGGUAAUAUAUAUACAUCUAUGUAUUUUAAAUCUUUCUGUCCCUCCCUAUAUCCUCUCUUCCAAAAGUGUAUUGAUUUUACCUUUAAUUCCUAGAUUUCUUGAGUGAUAAUAUGGAAAUUGUUCAAGGCAUUGGAAAAAGCCAUGGCCCUCUGCCCUCUUCAUUGGGUGAGACACUUUUUAAAAUACACCAGCGUGGAAAUUACCCUUAUCGUGGCAUAUCACUGGUUGUGUAGCCUCCCAACAAGGUCAAGGUGCUGAUGUGGAACAGUCUCUGACAAUAGCUUGACUGAUUUCACCAUUUAGUAGUGAUAAAGAUGUCGUGAAUGAAAAAGUUUGGCAAUUGGGUCGUGUUUGGCAUCCCUUCAAUAGCAGAAUAUAGCAACGCCAUAUUCUUAGGGAUACAGAGAAUAUUGCAAGGUCCUGAUAAGGCUUUGAAGCAUAUGUCACUAGUCUAAUUUUGUUGCCCUGAAAGUAGCUCUUUUUUUCAAACACACAAAAAAAUCAAGAAACACUACAGACCUCUUCAAUUUGGAAUAGAUCCUAUGUGUCAGUAUGUGAAACAGUCUUUAAGUUUGGCUGGCUUCAAUACCAUUCAAAAAGAUCCAAGAUGGGGUACAGGGUUUGUAAAAGGAAAAUAAAUGCUUAUGAAACUGGGCAAUUCAAACCAAUACAUUUUAGGCAAACAAAGCAAAACACCAGAGGGGUCCCUGUAAAGGAGGACGGAUUACAGCGCAGGCAGGUUUCCAAUACACCCUGCACGAGGCCUAACUACUAGGCAGGCAAACGCGCCCCCUGCUGGCAGUCAGCGCCAGGCGGCUCCUCUGCCUGCCUUCAACCCCCGGGGGUGUAGUCCUGCCCUUGGAGAUGGGGAAGAAGAAUGAUCUCCUCGGAUAUGCAGAUUUUAUGGCCAUCUCUGUUCAGCCCCUCAGAAAUACGUUUUAUUUUCGGAGAAGAAAAUAUCAAUGUUAAAGCUACAUCAAGUCAAAACAACUUGCCAAUAUCUGCUCUCUGCUACCUUCUAAACCAAUUAAAUACCUUUCUCUGAAUAUUUUGUCCAUUCAGAUCUGAAGACCUUUGAAGACUGUGGUUUGAUUUUUGUGUUUACAUUCCUUUGGUUGGCAUAAUUUGCUUGACUUAUUGCAUUUUUAGUAUUUAUUUUAAAGCCAAAUGUUUUAGUCUUUUUUAUUCAUUUUUUAUGACACUAAUUCAUAAACACUUAGUAAAGUCUUAUGAGAAAUAAGUGGAUGAAGAUAUUCCAAGUCAACUCAGUCGACUGGGAAUUUUUUAAAAAUUUCAAUUUCAGAAAGGUUUGCAACCAAUGGAUGGCUAAAAGUAACCAUCUGGAUUAUUUUCUAGGAUAUUUCAAUUGACUCCAUUGUAUGGAAACCAAGUGUGAAUGUUAAGGUGGACUCACUGUAUACCCUUUUAUCAUCCAGUGUCCUUGUGCACAAGACUUUCAUGUCACUGGGGUCCUUCACCGUGUUGGUUCGUCCCCAUUUAGAAAGGCUGAUAACACGUCGAACCAUCCGAGAUCAGGAGUUCCAGAUGGGCCCUUCGGAAAACAAAAGAAAAUAGCCAAGAACAAAUGUAACAACACCGGUCGGUCCUUCCGGAGUGCGUCGGGACACGAGAGCAGGACAUUAACUCUAGUUGUUUUCGUUUCCGAAAUAUCAUAACCUCAGUAGACACCAGCAAAAAUCUCAGCUUUCUGACCCCACCGCCACUCUCUCCUCCACAAGUGAGACUUUAGCAACUUGUAUAGAAUUGGCUUGGGUAAGCAGACCACAGCUCCCCGUUACCCCGCUGGCGCUAGUGGUGAGUGCUGGUUCUCACUUCCUCGCCGGAAACUUGCACUGAGGACAGCGCUUGCCUUGGUCACACCUUCCCACAGCUCCAAAGUCUGGACCACACAACCAGGUAGACCAAGCAAUGGAAACAUUUGCACCACUGUGUCCCAUGAAAAUGUUUCAAUGUUUAGUUUAGAUAUUGCUAACUCGUGCUAUUAACCUUUUGACAAGCGUGUAGUAUUGUUUGUUUUGGGUUUGUUUUUGAGUUAUAACCAGUUAGUAGUCCCCGGCUAGCUCCCAGUACAGAUUUUACCCCAUGGGUAGGAUUCUAUUGUCAAGCCACAUAACAAAGCACACUAAUCCAGACACUGCAAAUGGAAAAUAUGAACCAAAAAGGAAAUUUACACUGAUCAGUUGAACAAACUUUCCAUUUUUGAUAUUUGCAUGCUCCCCCAUGGACUGGCUGUGGCAAUGUAAUGCCUGUAUAAUGUUUUCAAAUAAAAAUAAAUGCUUUAUGAAAGCACGGA